CUUCCGGGGCGCCUCAAGACCUCGGGUGCCGGCACCCUGGGCGGAUGCCCGAAGACUCCGCCUUCCCAGGAGCCCCUGCGGCGGGGCGCGAAGAUGGCGGCAGCGGCCGGACAGCUAUAAAGCGGCAGCAAUGGAUCCUUCCCCGGCGCUGGGGCCGGAGCGGCUCUUUGACUCGCACCGGCUCCCGGGUGACGGCUUCCUGCUCCUCGCGCUGCUGCUCUACGCUCCAGUCGGGUUCUGCCUCCUCGUCUUGCGCCUCUUUCUUGGGAUCCACGUCUUCCUGGUCAGCUGCGCUCUACCAGACAGUGUCCUUCGCAGGUUCGUGGUGCGGACCAUGUGUGCGGUGCUGGGGCUCGUGGCCCGGCAGGAGGACUCCGGACUCCGGGAUCACCGCGUCAGGGUCCUCAUUUCCAACCACGUGACACCUUUCGACCAUAACAUAGUCAACUUGCUCACCAGCUGUAGCACCCCUCUACUCAAUAGUCCCCCAAGUUUUGUGUGCUGGUCUCGGGGCUUCAUGGAGAUGGAUGGGCGGGGGGAGUUGGUGGAGUCACUCAAGAGAUUCUGUGCUUCCACGAGGCUUCCUCCCACCCCUCUGCUGCUAUUCCCUGAGGAAGAGGCCACCAAUGGCCGGGAGGUCCUGCGCUUCAGUUCCUGGCCAUUUUCUAUUCAGGAUGUGGUACAACCUCUUACCCUGCGAGUCCAGAGACCCCUAGUCUCUGUGACGGUGUCCGAUGCCUCCUGGGUCUCAGAACUGCUGUGGUCACUUUUCGUCCCUUUCACAGUAUAUCAAGUAAGGUGGCUGCCCCCUGUUCAUCGCCAGCUGGGGAGGGGAAUGAGGAGUUUUGCCCUCCGUGUACAACAGCUGGUGGCCAAAGGAUUGGGCCAGACAGGGACACGACUCACUCCAGCAGACAAAGCAGAGCACAUGAAACGACAGAGACACCCCAGAUUGCGCCCUCAGUCAGCCCAGUCUUCUUUCCCUCCCUCCCCUGGCCCUUCUCCUGGUGUGCGGCUGGCAGCUCUGGCUCAGAGAGUCAAGGAGGUUUUACCCCAUGUGCCACUGGGCGUCAUCCAGAGAGACCUGGCCAGAACUGGCUGUGUAGACUUGACCAUCACUAAUCUGCUUGAGGGAGCUGUAGCGUUCAUGCCGGAAGAUAUCACUGAAGGGACCCAGUCCCUUCCCACAGCCUCCGCUCCCAAGUUCCCCAGCUCUGGCCCGGUGACCCCUCAGCCCACAGCCCUCACAUUUGCCAAGUCCUCCUGGGCCCGGCAGGAGAGCCUACAGGAGCGCAAGCAGGCACUCUAUGAAUAUGCGAGAAGGAGAUUCACAGAGAGACAGGCCCAGGAGGCUGACUGAGCACAGGAUGGCACCCAGAGCCGCAGGACGGAGACUGGGGGCAGCCCUCACCCAACUUACAACUGGCUGGAAGGGUGGGUGGUAAAAAGGGAGGGAUGGGGCUCCCCCCAAAAUCACAUUAAAUUCAGGGUUUUCACUCAA